AUGGAAAAGCUUAAUGCACUUGGUUCUGACAUCAAAGUCUUUAAAAAUAAUGUAGCGGACAAAGAAAGUAUUGAACACAUUGCGCUGGCUCUAAACUCAUGGAAAGAUCCUCGGAUUGAUGAUAUUGCCAAUAACAUGUCAAAUAUUAAAGAUACAAUCCGUAAUCUGCAAACACAAGUCAUAAAUCUGACAUCUCCACAGUCAACAGCUAUGGAUAGUACAUCAACAGCCAUAGAACCAGUCUUAUGUAGAUUAGACAAAAUCACUGAGGACAUAAAGGAAAUAAGAGACUACGGAGUAAGCCAAAGCGACUUUAAUGCAAGGAGUCUCUGGUGGGGGAGCAGAGCUGAGGACGAGAGGGGUUUACUUUUAUCGGAAAUGAUAGCUGAACUGGAUAUGAAUGUCUUAAAUCAGGGCAGUGACUCCACCUUUUACCAAUACCGAGGAGGAAAGUUACAUAGCAGCAUAGUUGACGUGACCUGUUGUACGUCGGCAAUCCUACAUAAGAUGGAAAGAUGGAGGGUGGACCCCGAUUUUGUCACACUAUCUGAUCAUCGAGCCAUACAGUUUCAAAUGAUAAUUAAUAUCGACAAACAGAACGUCGUGCUAAGGAAUUCCACUCGAUUAUUUAAUACAGCUAAGGCAAACUGGUCUCUCUUCAGAAACGACCUGAAAGAAAGAUUAGAAAAGGAGAACGUAAUAGAGGAUAAAAUAAAAACCAUACAAACACCAGAGGAGUUGGAUGAUAUCGUAGACACAUAUGUCAAACAAGUAAAAUUAGCAUGCCAGAAAUCAAUACCAACUAUAUCUAAAAAUGUCUAUAAAACUUGUACACCUUGGUGGAAUGCACAUUUAGAAACAGAACGACGUAAAGUUAUACGACUUAGAAGAAAGAUAAAGUUUGCCAAUACAAGACGUAAACCGCACGUUAUUCAGGAUUUCGUGGAGGCAAAAGAAAAGUAUGUUAACAAUAUAAUGUCAGCAAUAACCACUAGUUGGAAAGAACUGUGCACUAAACAAGAAAAAGAAACUGUAUGGCAAAGUAUAUACAGAAUAAUUAAAAGGUGUAGUGUAACUAAUGAAGACAAACUGCUGAAAUUAGGCGAUGAAAUUCUCACCGCAAAUGAGUCUGCUAUGUUAUUGGCAAAAAAUUUCUACCCAGAUGAUGAGAAAAACAAAGACACUGAAGAACAAACCAAAAUUCGAGAAGAAGCGGACAAAAUCACUAAUGAACUAAGAGAAAACUCGAUCAUUUCCCAUCUUAAAUGA